AAAAAAUUUUUCUGCAUUGUCACGCUGAUUCAGCUGAUGUGUUUUUUGAGUGUUUGUUCAUUCUGUUUUGUGAAUUUGGAUUUUUCUUGCCGGUUUUUUGUUUUUGAUUUUGUUUCUUUCUUUCUCUCUUUCUUGUUCCAGAAUUUUGUCCCGAUUUUCUUUGUUUAAUUAAACUGUUGUCAUUCAUUCAUUCAUUCAUUCAAUCAAUUUGUUAUCAUCGAUCUGAUAAACUGAAACCAAAACAAUAAAAAAAAAAACAAAGAAAAAAAUGUUUCGUAAUCAAUAUGAUAAUGAUGUUACAACAUGGUCACCACAAGGCCGAUUACAUCAGGUUGAAUAUGCUAUGGAAGCUGUUAAACAAGGAUCAACAGCAAUUGGUUUGAAAAAUCGUGAAUUUGCUAUAUUGGUCGCAUUGAAACGUACAUCACAUGAAUUAUCAUCGUAUCAGAAAAAAUUGAUUCAAGUUGAUGAUCAUAUUGGUGUUGCUAUUGCUGGUCUUACUGCUGAUGGUCGUAUAUUAACACGUUAUAUGCGUAAUGAAUGUCUUAAUGAACGUUUUACACAUGAACAACCAUUAUUAUUGAAUCGUUUAAUGACCGAUAUGGGUUUAAAAAUGCAAACCUGUACACAACGUUAUGAUCGUCGUCCAUAUGGUGUUGGUUUAAUUGUUGGUGGUUAUGAUAAAACUGGUCCACAUAUUUAUCAAACAUGUCCAUCGGCAAAUUAUUUUGAUUGUAAAUCAAUGGCAAUUGGUUCACGUUCACAAUCGGCUCGUACUUAUUUGGAAAAACAUAUGGAUAAAUUUAAUGAUUGUCAACGUGAUGAAUUAGUUAAACAUGGUUUACUUGCAUUACGUGAAUGUUUACCAAAUGAUACACAAUUAACAUCACAAAAUGUUAGUAUCGGUAUUGUUGGUAAAGAUUUUCCAUUUCGUAUAUUUGAAGAUGAAAAAGUGGAACAAUUUUUAUCACCAUUAACUGAUGCAGAAAAACGUGGCCGUUCAACACAAUCGGCUACAACACAGCCACCAUCUGUAAGUAGAGAUGCUGCAAUGGAUAUUGAUGAACAACAACCACCACCAGGACCAGCCGAUCCAAGUGUUGAACAACGUCCACCUGGACCACAAUAAAUAAAUAAAUGUUUUUUUUUUCGUUUGUUUACUGAAUUUCUGGAA